UGAAAAAUGAAUUUCAAAUUGGUUGUCAUCGCCGCUCUAUUGUUUGUAGCCUGUGUUGCUGCCGCCGACACAGCUAAGAAAGCUGAAACCCCUGUCAAACAGGAAGCUAAAACUCCAGAAAAGGAGGAACCAGCAGAGAAGGAAGAACAAGAACAAGAAGAAGAAGAGGAAUCUCCAGUUGAAGAACGUGAAGAAGAUGACGAGGAUGAAAACGCACUUCAAGAAAAAGAAAAUGAUGAUGGUGAAGUAAAGGAAGAAGAAUCCUCCGAUAAGAGCCUCUGGAGCCGCCGUCGCCGUCGUCGUCGCUUCUAUAUCCGCCGUCGUCGUUAUAUCCGUCGUCGUAUCUUUCUCUACAGGCGUCGCUGCACCUGCUAUUAUAGACGUCGAUUCUUAUACAGACGUAGAGUCUUAUUAAGGCGUAGAGUCUUCUUAUUAAGGCGUAGAUUCCUCUACAGACGUCGCCGCUUUGGCAAGAAGUAAAAAGUUUCACGAUAAGGAUUUCGAAAAAUUCAACAGCAUUCAGUGAAGAUGAUGCCGUUAAAACUUGAUUAAUGAGAUAUUUUUUAGCUGUCUUUGAAAGUACCUUGUAGUAUUUCAUUGUUAGAAAUCAAUUUAGGCUCAAAAGGGUAGCACUACUACUUAAUUUCAGUUCGAUUUUAUAUAUUGUAAAAUCUGUAGAUCCCUUUAUAUGCUUGCAAUUUAAGCAUCAAUAAAGAGACAUUAGAUUUGC